CGAAACAUGAUGCACUGCUGCCCAAACCUUAUUUUGUGUUCCCCUUCCUUCAGCCUCAGUCGCAUAGUUGCAUCAACGCCCUAUGCUCCUUCAUCACUUGUUGAUCACAGCGAUACCAAAUCUGCAACCGCUACGCUGCGUUAAAACCCUCGUCACUAACACGCUCGUUGAAAGUCUCACCACCGCGGUUGAGCGAGUUGCUGGUGAACCAAAUCUUGGCUGGCGAGGUUCGUUCUCAGAUCCUGCUCUCGAACCACUGCCAAGGGGUGCUUCUUCGCUUGCUUCAGAGCGCCCGCGGCUCCUCAGCCACCACUGUAUGCUGCCUUCUUCUCGUUCCGGCAAACACAAACCAAAUGGUUCAUUUGAGGUUAAAGGGGAAGCAAAGGAGGAAACUAAUCUUUGUUUGGCAGCAGCAGAAUUACAUCUUUCGCCUCUUCCGACUAAUCACUGCAGACUGCUCGUGUUUUAUACUGUUGUUGUUUUAUAAUAUAUCAAAAUUUCACACGUCAGAUUUUAUUUGGAGAGCAGAACCUAUGUAGUAUGUACACAGAAACAGAUGCUUAGUUACUUAAUUUGGUAUAUAAGUCAUGAUGCUUUAAGUGA